AUGGAUACCGAAACGGGCUACGACCCGGAGGUCUGGCAGUUAAUCUGUGGAGAACUCGGGCUGGCAGGGAUACAUCUGCCUGAGCAAGCUGGUGGUUCAGGCUUUGGUGCAGUUGAACUGGGGAUCAUCAUGGAGGAGUUUGGCCGCUCCAUGAUCUGCGCCCCGUACAUGGGCAGCAUUGUUAUGGCUGCCACUGCAUUGGCUGCAUGCGCCACGCUGAGUCAGCAACAGCGAUGGCUCGCACCGCUGCUCAGCGGCGAAAAAAUUGGUGCGCUGGCCAUUUGUGAAGACAGCGGCGAGUUCUACACGACACACCUGCAUUGCACCGCACGAAUCUCCUCAGAGGGUUGGCAGAUCAGCGGCGCUAAGCGUUUUGUUCUGAACGGCAAACAGGCCGACACCUUGAUCAUCGCAGCAGCGACAGAUAACGGACCACGCUUAUUCGUCACAGAAGCGAGCACCGCUGGCGUCACCGCAGAACAGGUUGAAACCAUGGAUGCGACCCGCAAAAUGGCCGACCUGACGUUCAAAAAUGCCGACGCAGAACUGCUUGGCCAGGAUGUUCCUGUUGAUUUGGACGCCCUGCAGAACUUAACCCUCGUUGCGCUCGCCAACGAAAUGGUGGGCGGGGCCCAGGCCCUGCUCGACGCAGCCGUUGAAUACACCAAACUGAGGGUGCAAUUCGGCCGUACCAUUGGCUCUUUUCAGGCCAUCAAACAUCGGCUGGCCGAUCUGUUACUUGUGGUGGAGAGCGCAAAAUCUGCCGCCUACCAGGCUGCUGUUGCGUUAGACAACAACGACAACGUCACCGAACUUGCCAGUCUGGCGAAAGCCGCCGCCAGCGAAGCGUAUCUACAGGCCGGCAUCGAUUGCAUUCAACUGCAUGGCGGCAUUGGUUUCACCUGGGAAAACGACACACAUCUGUGGUUCAAACGCGCCAAGAGCUCGGAGGUUUUCAUGGGCACACCUGCUUUCCACCGGUGGCUGAACGAUAACUGGAAUCCGGAGCUGUCUCUGGUGGAAUGGCGUACCAAACUUGCCGACACAGGUUGGGCCACAGCGGAUUGGCCGGAGGAGUACUACGGCAAAGGCACCAGCGCAGAAGAAGCUGCGGAUAUAGCCGCUGUGUUCCAGGAUAUGGGCAUCGUUGGGGCUGCCCAAUCCGGCGUGCGCAUGCUGGCCGCAGCCACCCUGCUUGCCCACGGCAACGACGCGCAGAAGCGGAAAUAUCUGAAACGCAUCAUCACCGGUGAGGACAGCUGGUGUCAGCUGUUCAGCGAACCCGGCAGCGGCUCAGACCUGGCCGGGUCGACAACCCGGGCAGACCUGGUAGGCGACGAAUGGAUCGUCAAUGGCCAGAAAGUAUGGAAUACCAGUGCCCAUCAUGCCGACUAUGGUCUGUUGCUGGCCCGCACAGACUGGGAUGUACCCAAGCACCAGGGGCUCAGCUACUUCAUCAUUGAUAUGCAUCAACCGGGUGUUGAGGUCCGCCAGCUUAAACAGAUGAACGGACACGCCAGCUUUAACGAAGUGUUCAUGACCGACGCUGUUGUAUCCCGAGAUAACCUGCUCAGUGAUAUAGGCAAUGGCUGGCAGGUAGCCGUCACCACCCUUGCCCAUGAGCGUCGCUCGUUUGACCGCAUCCGCGGGGGUGGCUCGUUUGCCGAACAGAAAGGCCGAAUUUAUGAUGAAUACCGCGAAGAGCUCGAAAUCGAUAACGAACCUUAUAAGUGGUAUCCGCAACGCGCCGGCCGCGUCGAUCUGAUCCUGCAGCGCGCCCAGGAAACCGGCGCCAUCAACGACCCGGUCACCCGUCAGGAAAUUGCAAAACUCCUGAUCAUGUCACGCAGCGCACAAUGGACCGCGGCACGAGCCCGUGCUGCCCAACAGGCUGGCAAACCGCAGGGCCCUGAAGGCUCUCUGGGCAAACUGGCGGCAAGUAACAUCGCGCGCCUGGCCGCGCGGGUGCAUACGCAUAUCAGCGGCGCAGAUGCACUGCUCAGCGGGCAAGCGAGCCCUCACGAUGGCAUUAUUGCGGAAAUUCUCGUGUCGGUCCCUGCGGUAUCCAUCGCUGGCGGCACUGAUGAGAUUCAGAAAAACAUCAUUUCCGAACGCGUCAUGGGCAUGCCAAAAGAACCGCGAUUCGAUACCGGUCCUUUCAAAGAUCUCCUGGCAGGGCCUUUUGCCGGCACAACACUGGCUUACUUCGGCGCAGAGGUCAUCAAAGUAGAACCGCCCGGCGCCGGCGAUCCCAUCCGUGGCUGGCGCCUGCUCGACGACUCCGGCACAGCGUUCUGGUGGCGCUCUCUGGGUCGCAACAAGAAAUCCGUUACUGCAAACCUGCGCACCGAAGCCGGCCGGGAGGUGGUGAAAAAACUGAUGACCACCGCUGAUGUGGUCAUCGAAAACUUUAAACCCGGGACUAUGGAAAAAUGGGGAUUAGGACCGCAGGAUUUUGAAACAUUAAACCCGGAUCUGAUCUUCGCGCGUAUUUCCGGAUAUGGCCAGACCGGCCCCAACAGCACCAAACCCGGUUAUGCGUCAGUGACUGAAGCGUAUAGCGGUUUUCGCUACGUAAACGGUUUUCCCGGCGAGCCACCGGUUCGGCCCAACCUAAGUAUCGGCGAUACCAUAGCCGGUAUUCACGCCGUGUUGGGCGUCUUGUUGGCAUUACUGGAACGCAAACAGGAUCGCGGUACCGGCGGACAGGUUGUUGACGUUGCCCUUUAUGAGGCCAUGUUCAAUCUGAUGGAAGGGGUAGUGCCUGAAUAUUCAGGUGGCGGCGCCAUUCGUGAACCUUCUGGGUCAACCAUCACCGGGAUUGUGCCCACCAAUACCUAUUUGUGCGCUGAUGAUAAACACGUUGUGAUUGGUGCUAACGGCGACUCAAUAUUUGUCCGACUGAUGCAGGCCAUGCAACGCAAUGAUGUUGCCGAGGAUCUGCGCUACGCGGACAACGCUGGACGUGUGACCCACCAGGAAUUCAUAGACGGCUUGAUUGCUGUCUGGACACGUGCGCACAGUGCGGCUGAAGUGAUUCAAAUUCUGGAAGCUGCAGAUGUUCCAGUGGGGCCGAUCUAUAGCGUUGCGGAUAUGAUGGAAGACCCACAUUACCAGGCCAGAGGUUUAUUCGAGCGCGUCGAAACACCGCAAGGGGAGCUCACCAUCCCGGCCAUCCUGCCGAAACUCAGUGCCAGCCCAGGCGCAACAGACUGGCCUGGUGGUGAAGUAGGCACCUACACCACCGAGAUGCUGCUCUCCGUGGGUUACAGCGAAGAGGACCUGGCGGCACUGCGCAACAGCGGCGAUAUUUAG